AUGCGAAUUCGCUUACAACCUCGCAGAAGACUCCAAGGUGAUGACGCCUGGUAGGCUGAACAUUGUUUUGUUGUUUUUGCCUGCUCCCCAUCUCCAUUUCAGCAAUGAAUUAGCCAGCAUUUCAGUCGAUGCCACCGCCGCUGCCACCGACGAGAACGCCUCCGUGGAGAACCGAUUGUGUCAACUCAGGGGCAAAGUUCCGUCAACUGUCCUGGCUGUCCUCGGCCGCGCACUUCGUCAACAUCGAAAUUUGUCCAACGAUAACGACGUCGUCAUUAGCAGUCUGUUCGCUGAGAAGAGUCGCCUGCACAAAGCUUAUGUCAAUCGCCCUACGGACGAAAACAAAGCAGCCUUCUAG